UCCAUAUCACAGAUCUAGCAUUAAGGAUCAUUUGGGAGGGGGGCGACCUUCCGUUUUGUUGUCUUACAGCUUCGGCUUACGAGGGCUUGCUGGUUCAGUUUCUCAUAUAAGAGAAAUGACAACAAUGAUCAUGAAAGGAUCCGGAGUGGGUUUCGUUGCCACUCUGUUCGCAUCGAUUCUGUUGAUUUUGAACAAUGGUGAGCUUACGAAGGCUUACGAUCCUUAUGCUGUGGCAACCACCUCAUGGAUGUCAGCUAAAGCAACCUUCUACGGAGGACAGGACGCUUCGGGCACUAUGAACGGAGGAUGCGGUUAUGCUAACCCAUUCACUCUGGGCUACGGGGCUCAGACUGCAGCUCUGAGCAAUGCCCUGUUCAACAAAGGAUUGACUUGUGGAGCUUGCUUCGAAAUCAAGUGCGCAAUCACCGCAACAGCCUACGCCAAGCAGUGGUGCUAUGCGAACAGUCCUUCCAUCUACAUUACCGCUACCAACUUGUGCCCACAAGGUUCUUAUGGGGGCUGGUGUAAUGGAGCAAACCUGCAUUUUGAUCUGGCAUACGCGGCUUUCACUAAGCUCGCCAGGGAAAAUGCAGGUGUCAUCCCCGUCAAUUACCGCAGGACGCCAUGCAAAAAGUCUGGAGGAAUUAAGUUCCAGCUGAACGGAAACACUUACUGGAAUUUGGUUCUGAUCUACAACGUCGGAGGCGGAGGAAACGUCGCUGCUGCGGCGAUCAAGGGAUCCAGAUCCAACUUCUAUACCAUGAACCAGAACUGGGGCAUGAACUGGGAGUCUUACUCCAACCUGGUGGGUCAGGCUCUGACCUUCAAAAUCACGCUGGGCAACGGCAGAAGUGCGACUUUCUACAACGUCGCGCCUGCAGGCUGGCGGUUUGGACAAACUUACCAGGCGGCAUACAACUUCUAAGCAACCGAACAUUAAUACAUGAAUGAUUGAUUGAUUGAUUGAUUGAUUAUGACAGGUAGCUAAAUAGGUUCGAGCAAUCUGGAGAGGCGUGUAACAUGUAUGUCAUCUGGACAUUAGUUCACUUUCACCUGCGCCCACAGUUUGCACGAGUUAGCAACAUAGCUUUAGCAUUUAGCGUCCCAUAGCUUCUCAGCUGACAGCGCAGUCCGAUAGCAGAAUCUGGAGCUUGUGUUCCAUCAGAUAGUCUAGCUCAUCUUUCUGUCGUCUAUUUGAUGAAUGUAGAUCCCAUCAGUCAAGAGGUGUGAGAUGAUUAAAAUGUUUUGAAACCCCAUGGCCGCUGGCAGGUCAAUUGCAAUUGUAGAGCAGCUCAUGAGCGGCCCCGGAGUUUCUAGAACUCCGAGGUCACCUUUCUCCUCUUCCAAUGCGCGUGCCUGCGAGCAGUGCAGGACUUGAGAAGGUACAUGCUCGUGGCGGAAGAAUAAGACAGUGCUCGAUAGGAGCAUGGAUCCAUUUUAGUCUGAUAAGAUAUUGUUGAUUAGGCAGAGCUAAUGAGGCUUUACAGAAGAGGUCACGGCCCCAAGAGGCCUCCCGCUGCGAAAAGUCCAAGCAGUUGCUCGAACAUGGUCCCGUCGAGACCAUCCUUUCUUCUAUCUUUCAGAAAUGAAUAAAACAUCUGCCAGUCGGCC